AUGUACGAUGUCACCGAAGGUUCCACUGCUCAGCAACCUGUUUACUUCUUUGUUGGUGGAGAAGAAUGGAAUACCACAACAUAUCCUGAUGCAGAAGAUAAUACGUUCCUCAUCGCCUCGCCGAAUCUGUUCAACGAAGAAGGAGAAGUUCUGAAUGACGAAGAAAUGGCCGCGGAAAUGUCUGGUGAUCCAAAGAUUCCCGUAAGCGACUGCUACCUCAAAUUGAUUCCUGAGGGUGAUCAGAAGAUCAUUGUUGCUUCAACGAAUUUUGUCUUCAAUCCAAAUAGCAAUGAAUUCACAGAUCUAACCACUGAUAUGACCUCCUGUGGAAAUCAAUAUUUGGCGAUCAAUGGCAACGAAAAAUGCGGCGGAAUAAAUAUGGAGGAUCCGGAUUUUUCCAUGACCGAUUUCGCAAACGUUGAGCUUGGUGACGCUGGCGAACCGGUUCUUUUGCAUCUUAAAAAUGACAGCCCUUCUGAUGGAUAUUUCAUUUUCAUGUUCACAACCGAAUAA